AGUAAAGUACUGUUACCUCAUAAAGUUGCAGUCUUGAUUUGUGAGUUGAGAGGGACCAACACCUCUUCCUUUUCCCCUAUACCACUUCUUGUUCCCUUUCUUGUUUACUCCUUUUACCCUUUUGGUUUUUCAACUAAAAAAACCUUAAUUUGCUGUUGAUAUUUCUAAUGCUACCAGAAAUGGGGUCAGAAGGAUCAUCAAGAGUUGUAGUCCCGAGGAAUUUCAGAUUAUUGGAAGAACUUGAAAGAGGAGAAAAGGGAAUAGGGGAUGGAACUGUUAGCUACGGGAUGGACGACGCAGAUGAUGUGUACAUGCAGUCAUGGACAGGAACUAUAAUUGGUCCUCCUAAUACUGUACAUGAAGGGCGCAUCUAUCAGUUGAAACUAUUUUGUGGAAAGGAAUAUCCAGAUCAGCCACCUGGUGUAAGGUUCCAGUCCAGGAUUAACAUGAGUUGCGUAAAUUAUGAAACUGGUGUGGUAGAGCCAAGUCUUUUCCCCAUGCUUGCUGACUGGAAGAGGGAAAACACAAUGGAGGAUGUAUUGAUGCAAUUGAAAAAGGAAAUGAUGUCUCCCCAAAAUCGAAAGCUAUCUCAACCUUCUGAUGGCAAUGAAGAGGGUCGGGUGGAUCAAAAAGGCCUAGUUGUGAAAUGCUGCAUUAUGUAAGUUGGAUAAAAUACUGAAAGAUAAUAAUGUAUAUAAACCUUAAUACGUAGACAAUUCCAAUCUUAGCAUGUAUAAGUAUCUGUAUGUUUUGUAUUUCUUAUUGAAUCCUCCUUAAUUCUGGGAUGGAUUGAUGUUUAAUGCCAAUUAUCCAACUCUCUGAAUAA